AUGAGGUUCCUGCUUCCCGGGGUCUCCGCACCUUUCUGGGGCGCUGGCAGAAGCACCGCGCCGGCCCUCGGAACCGCUCCCAGGCGCGGGCAGUGUUGGGAGUCGCGGCAGCCAGCCCCGGCCGGGGGAGUCACCAGACGCCGGCUGGCCGCUCUUCCGCUCUCCCGGGAGGGCCGGGGCGGGGCGGACGCGCCCGGCUCUUCCUGCCGCGCUAGGACCACCCCACGGUGGGGACUCCGCUGGGCCAUGGCGGCGGCUCUUUGGGGUCGGUGCUUCCCUCGAGCCUGGCUCUGCAGGAAAGCCGGGCCUGGCUGUAGUCGGCACUAUCGCGCCGCGCUCUGCACCCGGUUGAAGCAACCCCUGGCCAUUGAGGAGGUCGCCCCCAGCCCUGUCCGGCCUCACGAGGUCAGAGUUGGUGUUCAUUUCUGUGGAGUUAACUUUGCUGAUAUUUUGGUGUGCCGUGGUCAGUAUCAGGAAAAGCCCCAUCUUCCCUUUGUACCUGGAAUGGAGUUUUCUGGGACAGUAUUGGAGGCAGGCACAGAUGUCAGCACAGUGAAAGAGGGAGAUCGCGUUAUUGGUGUGAGUGGCUUUAAUGGCAUGGCUGAAGAAUGCAUCACCGACCAGAAGAUGCUAUGGCAGAUUCCAGAUAGUGUUUCCCUUCGAGAAGCUGCUGCCCUGCCUGUGUCUUACUGUACUGCUAUUUUGGCCCUGGAACAUCGGGCCUGUACCCAGCCUGGAGAAACUGUUUUAGUGACAGCAGCAGCUGGAGCCACGGGCCUUGCUGUGAUAGAUGUGGCAACAAACGUUCUUCAGGCUAAGGUAAUAGCUGCAGCCGGAAGUGAUGAGAAGUGCCAGCUGGCAAUGCGAAGAGGUGCACAGGCCACUCUGAACUAUGGGCAGGGCAGCCUGAAGGAGGCUGUGAGGAAGCUGGUGGGCAGUGGCGGGGUGAAUGUGGCCAUUGACACUGUGGGAGGAGAUGUCUUCCUGGAGGCUCUUCGCAGCUUGGCAUGGGAAGGCCGGAUUGUGGUAGUGGGAUUUGCUGGCGGAACCAUUGCAUCUCUGCCAGCCAACCUUCUCCUCCUGAAGAAUAUCUCUGCCAUGGGACUGUACUGGGGCCGAUACCAACGUGAGAACUUCCCUGUCUUCUCCAGGAGUCUGUCAUCAGCCCUUCAGUAUUGUCAACAAGGGCUCAUCCAGCCAUAUAUUGGAGCAGUUUUUAAGCUGGAGGAGGUCAAUGAUGCUUUCUUUCACGUGAUACAGCGCAAAUCCACAGGCAAAGUGCUUAUCUCUCUUAAAUAAGUCCUCACCUCCAUGGAAAACUCAGCUUGUCCAAAUUGAAAUUUUCAUCUUUUCAAGAAACCCCUAUGUUUCUAAAGAUGUUACUUCACUACCUUCCUUAUUAAUCCAGGUUUAAAAUCUGUUAGCAUCAUCUUGAGAUUCUCUUUUCUUUUUGCUCAUAAUUACUUGUCCAGACGUGGACUUGUUUGACAGUGAAAGGGUGCUAUUAAAAAUGGUACUAGGGGCCCUCCCUUGUGGCG